AUGACAUCCUCAGUCCUCUACUCCAACAUCGCCAACCCUCCCCUACAAAUAACCAGAGCCGACGGACAUUACUUGUUCACUGAAGAUGGCCGCAAAAUCUUCGACGCCACCAGCGGCGCUGCCGUUGCCGCACUAGGCCACAACAAUGCUGAAGUCAAGAAUGCGAUUGUAGAGCAGUUAGAGACGUUAGAUUAUGCUUAUUUACCGUUCUUCACUUCUGCGGCGGCGGAGAGGAUUUGUAAGUUUUUGACGGAUUCGACGGGUGGGGAGAUGGAGAAGGUGUUUAUCGUCAGUUCGGGAACCGAGGCUGUGGAGGCGUCCCUCAAAAUGGCUCGGCAGUACUUCGUUGAGCUGGGACAAACCUCGCGAACAAAAUUUAUAGCUCGGAAGCAAUCUUAUCAUGGUAAUACGCUGGGUUCUCUAGCUACUGGUUUCCAUAAGGGGCGCAGAGCGAUUUAUGAGCCUAUACUAGCGACGAAUGUGUCGCACGUGUCGCCGUGCUAUAGCUACAGGGGUAGGAACGAAGAAGAAAGAGACGAGGACUACGUCAAAAGACUUGCUCAGGAGCUUGAGGAUGAGUUUCAGGCUCAAGGACCGGGAAAUGUGUGCGCGUUUAUAGCGGAGACUGUCUCGGGAACUACUUUAGGCUGCGUGCCGCCUGUCCCCGGGUAUUUUAAAGCAAUGCGCGAAGUCUGCGAUCGCCACGGCGCAUUAUUGAUCCUAGACGAAGUCAUGUCCGGCAUGGGUCGUACCGGCACACUACACGCCUGGCAACAAGAAGGCGUGGUACCGGAUCUUCAAACAGUGGCCAAAGGCCUCGGAGCCGGAUAUAUGCCCAUCGGCGCUCUUAUGCUCCACAAAAAGGUGGUCGAUGUACUGUCCAAGGGCUCCAAGGCUUUUGUGCAUAGUCAGACUUAUCAGGGACAUCCGGUUGCUUGUGCGGCAGCUUUGGCGGUCCAGAACAUUGUAGUUAGAGAGAAUUUACUUGAGAAUGUUAGAGUGCAGGGUGAGUUGUUAGGAAAGUUGUUGCAGGAACGGGUUGGUGGGCAUAAACAUGUCGGAGAUGUGCGUGGUCGUGGAUUACUUUGGGGAGUGGAAUUCGUCAAAGACAAAAAAACAAAAGAACCGUUUCCUGCACACGAACAAAUCGGAGCAAAAAUCAAUGCAAAGGGCUUAGAAGAAAAGUACUCCAUCUCGCUUAUGCCAGGACCGGGUAUUGUAGACGGCAGAGAUGGAGAUAUUAUUUUACUCGCACCGCCAUAUACCAUUUCUGCAGCCGAAGUUGAGAAUAUGGUGAAUAACGUAGCGGAGAUUGUGAGUGAGGUCGGAUUGGGUAUUCGAUAUCGAUUCAAUGGCAGUCUAGCAUCUCGAGGCAAGCUUGUUGGUGAGACUAUUCCAUCGAGGCUCUCGUAUGCUGGGGAGACCGAUGCGAACAGUUCAAGCCUGAUCAUCAGUUCAACAAAUGCCUCUCACAAAAAUGCUCAACUUCGCCGUUCAGAACGGAAAUGUGCUGCUCGCCAUGACGAGGAGCUCCGGGGUCUGUCUGACGAUCCUCUUGCUACACACAUCGCUCCCGCGGCAGCAGUAAUAGAUAGAGGCUGGAAUGGCUUUCGAGACCUACUCCUACCGUACGCUGAGACAGAACCAUUCGUCAGGAGCGCGAUUGCAGCAGUUUCAAGACAGCACAUCAUCCUACGUGUUGGAGGUGACUUCACUUCCGAUAUCCGGGAAUAUAACAGUCUCAUUGCAGAGUUGGUCGCGAGAUCGAAAGUGUUUCCUCCCAAUCAGGACAUUGACAGCUUAGUGGUGCUCCUGCUUCUACAUUAUAGGGAGACCGUCAGCGGAGGUACUGGAUUCAAGUAUCUGUAUGGCUCGUUGAAGGCAUUACCGGAUCUGACGAUUCAGAAUGGCUUGUCGGGKCAGUUACUCCGCCUUUUCGCCGAGCCACUUUUCGACGAAGCUGCUGGAAAGCAAUAUCUAUCCGUCCAUCGCACAAGAUGCUUCGAAUUCCUACGUUUCUGCCAGACGCUGCACCCCGAAUAUGAAGAGCUAAUGAGACUUUUAUUUGCUGCCGUCACCUUAGCAUGCGAGGCCUACGUUCGACGAGCAUAUUUCGAUCCUCCAUCUUCCGAAGUAGCUCACCUAAUCGAAACGUUCCGCCAGCUCGUCCGGCGAGUGAAAUGCUACGGUAAUGUCGUGGGUCAGAAUAUGCUUGCAUGGCCAUAUUUUGUCAUGGCAGCUGAAAGCUCAACAGAAGAGGAUAGAGAGUUCUUUCUUAAUGAAUUGCAGGCACUGUAUCAGGCUACAGGCUAUCGGAGUGCUCUUCGAGGCGUGGAGACGAUCUUGAAUAUGCGACAGGCUGGAUCGAAUAUUCGAUGGACGAGUUUGCUCGGUGGAUACGAUCAAUUUUUGAUUAUGUAG